AUGAGCAGAAAGAAGUUUCCAGAGUUCUUUAAUGUGAGAGUUGCAGCUCUAGAACUCUUUAAUGAGACUAAAGACUCUGUAGCCGUCACGCUCCCAGAUCUUACCCACGAUGCAAAGCGCUUAGCUCCUUUUGAUGUCACAGAGCCGCCUCAGGCGGGGGUAGGGGGUAAAGGAUAGGGGCGGUGUGUUUGUGCGUGUGUGUCAGGGGUAGCAGGAAAUAGUGUGUGUUUGUGUGAGUGUUGUGAAGCUAAGAGUUCCAUCCAGAGCCACAAACGGGCGUUUGAUCGUCACGAGAGAUGAAACGAUGUGUGAUGAAUUUAACACUUAACUCAGUGUGAGAGGCUGGAUGAUGCGGUUAGGAGGCUGAUCCAUAUUAAUGCUCUCUUGCCGCUGCAGGACGCCUCCUCACAGUUACAGCAGCUGCAUAUAUGUGCUUGGAGAACAGAGGAGGUGCAGCUUUCUCACAUCUGUGACUGUAAAUCACAGCGGCACCUUGGGGCAGCAUCUUCGCCUGCUGGCCAAGUGACUCCGGGCUCCUCCAUAGGACACCAAUCGAAACCCGAUACGUAA